AUAAACUUUGUUGUGUUCUAUUGUCGCUAUGGAUAAAUCGAUCCAUAAGUACUUACAAAUCUAAUACAAUCCUUUUUACUUAUUGUAUAUAAUUUUUUAAGAUUAUGUUAUAACAUAUACAUGUACAUAUAUAUACAUACAUAUAUAUAUUUAUUCAUAUAUAUUUAUAUAUGAAACUUUGUAAUUUACAUUUAUAAAAAAAUGACAUUAACACUUUCACGUGUUGAUUAUGUGUCUGUUGGUGUUACUUCUCGUGGUACAACUAGAAUUUUACCUCCAACAGAUCCUAAACAAACACAAAAAUUUGCUGUUGGUGAUCACGAUGGUAUACUGCAAGUCUUUGGUAUGAAGAAAGGAGAAUUACAAGCAUUAUUCAAAUCUCUACCUGGACCAAAAAUUAAUAAAAUGAUUCUUGGAGGUUCCUUGGGAAUGGCAAGGGAUAAGAUUUUUAUUGCCUAUGGAAAUUCUGUUAAAGGUUUUACCAAAAAAGGAAAAUUGUUUUUAGAAUUUGAUACAAGUCUAUUAGAUCCUAUUUCUGCUUUAUAUGUGCUUGGUCCAAAUUUAGCAGCUUGUGCUAGAGAUCUUUAUCAUAGAUAUCAUGAUUGUAAAGAUGCAGAUUCAUAUUUGGCUGGGGAGAUAUUACACGAUGUUGUACUCUUACCAAGUGACAAUUCUAUGGUAUAUGCCAUUCUUGCUUGUGGAGAUUGUGCAGUACGUGUUUUACAUGGUACUAUGAGGCCAACAGUUUUAAGACUCCCAAGUAUUCCAACGGUGCUUGCUGUAUAUAGGGAAAAAGAAACGGAGUCAACGGAACGUGUUUUGUUAGGUACUAUCGAUGGUAAAGUUGGUCUAUUAAAUCUUCAAGGCAAUAAAACAUUGAGAAUUACUUGGUUAAUUAAUUCAAUGGGAUCUGAAAUUACUACUUUGGAUACAUUUGAAUUGCAAGAUGGUUUGGAUAUAAUUAUUGGACGACAAGAUGGAAUUGUUGAAGUCUUUACAUUUCCAGAUGAAGAUACGUCACCGUGUUUACGUUAUCGUUAUAAUGCUGGCGAAAGUAUUAGCACUGUUACCGGAGGAAUCAUUGGUGCCACCAAUUAUCCUGAAGUUCUUGUUACUACCUAUUCUGGUAAAAUAUUUGGCCUAACUACUAAACCACCUGGUCUUUUAGAAGCUGGACAAAGCGAUACUGUCGUAGCAAAAUUGAAACUUGAAAUACAACAAUUGGAAGAAAAACUUAUCGAGGAAAGAGAAACUACUAACUUUACAGCCGAUCCUUUAGCACCUUUAAUAUUGGCCGUAAAACAUAGAAUGGCAUUAUACGAAGAAGAUGCAUCGUAUUCACUUUCGAUAGAACUGGAUACAUCGAUAGAUAAUAUUCUCAUACAAUCGGACACACCGAUAGUUUUAUUAGACGUAGAAAAUAAUAGUGCAGUAGUAAGUUUAUCCGUAUGCAAUCCAAAGGAAGGAAACUUUGUACUUGCUACAUAUAGAUGUCAAAUUAAUACCAAUCGUCUUGAAAUGAGAUUACGAACGAUUGAAGGCCAACCAGGUACAUUACAAAUUUAUGUUACAUCACAGGUACAGCCAAAAUGUUGUCGUAGAAUAUCAAUACCUAUAUAUGCAUUAUCCUUACAUAAAAGACAACACAUAGAAGACGAUGCGGAUAUAUUGCCAGGAGGACCUUUUAAUGAAUUAAGAUUGAACGGUGGUUUUACAGUUGCUGAGAUGCAUGCGUGGCUUUCUCUUGUAUUACCUGAUGUUCCCGAAAGACCACAUUUAUAUGAAAAUGAAGCCAUUUUAACGUAUAAAUCAUCUUUUAUCGGAACAAUAUUGAAGUGUAGAUAUAAAAAAGGAAAUGCGAUAUUUUUGGGAGAAAAUAUAUCAAGCAUUAUAAUACUUAGAGAUAUAUUAACGAGGGAGGCAACAAAGCGAAAAAUUAAAUUAGAAGUAUUUUGUGAUGUUGCUGUUGGAAGUAUAUCAAGAGUAUUAGAACUCAUCCGACCUCAAUUAGAUGCUGUUCAUGAAUUAAUUGAAAAAAUUAAGAUUUUAGAUGCUCUUGAAGAAUUUGAAUUGAAGACAAAUCCAAAAGAAAAUUUAUGUUCGCAGUAUCAAGAUUUAAUUGCAAAUGAACAAAACAUUAGAACAAAAUUGACAAAGGAUCCUGAUAUUUUAAAUAGAUUACAUGGUGUAAUAACAGAUUUAUAUGUUGACUGGGAAAGAGCAAGGGGAGCUCGAAGAAUUAGCAGUAAAACUGCUGCGGAAAAAUUAAAUGAUUCGCUUGAAUCAAGAGAUUUCGUUCAACUUUUGCAAAUUUUUACGGGUAACGUUGUUUCCACAUGAGACGUUUAAAUUGAUAAUAAUAUUGGAUGGUUUAUAUGUAGGAUUCUUAUUCUGUACUUUCCAGUUGGCAUAAAUUACAAAAAUCCGAGGAAAUAAUUAUAGAGAAAAAUAAAAUUAUUUCGCUAUGAAGAAAUAAUGAAUAAGAUAUUUUCUUAUUCAUAAUUUUUCUUAUCAUUUUAUGAUAUUUCCUUACAUUCACGUGGAUGAAAUUAUACAGUUCUCUUAUUUUACUUGAUGUAUAAUUACAUAAAAAAGUAUUGCCUGAAAUGUGAAAAAAAAAAAUAAAAAUAAUAA